CAGAUGAGUCCUGUGUCCUCACACAUCAGCUGUAGGGACUUUUACUUCACCGGGUUUCCUUCAGCACUCACACAGGUACCCGUGAACACUCAUACUUCAUGCGCACCUGGCGGCGUAUCUGAAGCUCAGCCUACAGGGCGUGGAAAAGCCCUGGAAUUGUUUUCGACGCUGGUUUCCCAACAUCGCCCAUACUUCUUCGGAUUUCCCUAACAAAGUGGACUGCCUCCCCGGCUUUUCGCAAGGAAUACUCUUCCCCCCCCCACUAGCUUCAGCGAUCCACUUGGAAGACGAAUGAUGUAAAGCUUUCAUCGCGAUCGCUCUCUGGCAGUUUCCGAACAGGAAUCUUGAUCUGCCAUCGCGAGUUGUUCCUCAGAAAGUGUUUCUGCAGCAGCACUUAAGAGGAUCAGAGGAAACAAAAGAGGAGGAGGAGGGCAGAGAGAGGGGGAAAGUCAAAAAGAUGGCGUGGAGGACCCUGGCAGUGUUGUCCCUGCUGCUGUGUUUUGGCUCAUCUUGCUGUGAUGAUUCUUUCAUGUCUGAUACCAUCAUCAACAAUGUCGUUCAGGACCCUCAAACUGGUCGAAUUUACCUGGGUGCCAUUAAUAACAUCUAUCAGCUGAACUAUGACCUGCAGAAGGAGAGCAGUGCUGUAACAGGCCCUAGGCACGACAACCCACAAUGCACUCCACCAAUCACUGCACAGUGCACUGAUGCAAAGGAUAUGGACAACAUCAACAAACUCCUACUGGUUAACUCUGCCAAUGGCACUUUGAUCGUUUGCGGAAGCCUUUUCAGGGGCAUCUGUUCUUUGGUAAACCUCAGCAGCGUGGACAAACCGUUGUACUACAGUGACACUAAAGGCGAGAAGACAUAUGUAGCCAGCACAGAGGAGUCUGUUACCGUAGUGGGAGUUAUUUCUUAUUUUAUAGAUGCUCAUACUAAUGCAAACCUCAGCGUAUUUCUAGUGGGGAAGGGCUAUGGUAGCUCGGACAGUUCGAAACUCAUCAGCACCCGAUUGCUGCAGGAGCACAGAGAAAUGGAUGUCUUUGAGAACAUGGUUGAAGCUUCCACUGUGCAAGCUAGUCCUUUCGUCCAGCGUUACCUCCACGACUUUCGCCAUGCUUUCAAAGACAAUGGCUACAUCUACUUCUUGUUUUCGCGCACUCCGGGCACUAGUGACAGCAGGAAGAUCACAUUUAUAGCACGCCUGUGCGAGAAUGACCAUCAUUAUUAUUCUUACACCGAACUUCAGCUCAACUGCUCUGUCAGCACUGAACAACAGGAGAACACGUACAACAAGGUCCAAGCGGUGUAUCUGGCCAAACCAGGAGAAGUUUUGGCUAGGAAAAUCAUCCCUUCGAAUCCCAAUGAUAAGGUUCUGUUUGCGGUGUUCAGCGUGGAUGAGGACGGUGGCCAUUCUGCCUUGUGCAUGUACCCGCUCAGCAGCAUUAACACCAGGCUUGAGGAGGUGAUUGAGUCCUGCUACGUAGGAGAAGUUCUGGAGGACGAGAAACCAAAAACUGUUUAUUCACCUUAUAUCUCCAAGACCGAGGCCAUCUGCAGGACCAAAAGAGAUAAGAACAUGGUGAAGGGAUAUAAAUGUGGCGCAGAGUUCCUGCCAUCUCCACUAGCCAGUAAACCUGAGUACGCACUGGCUGUCAAACCCAUCUUCACCCGAAAUGACAUGCUGACAGCUGUAGCUGUGGCGGUGGAGAACGAGCACACUGUGGCAUUUUUGGGAACCAGCGGAGCAGAUGUCUUAAAGGUGCAUCUUGACCCCAGCCACCCUAACCUUUAUAACAGGAUACCAGGGGAACGCACAGAUGGUGGGGUGAACAAAAACCUCUUUUUUAAUUCAACUUUGGAUAUCUUGUACAUCACCACUGGCAGAAAGAUCACCAAAGUGCCAGUGCAGGCCUGUGAGCAGAGGCAUGAUUGUCACUCAUGUGUCUCCCUGCGGGACCCAUAUUGUGGCUGGUGUGUGUUGGAAGGCCGUUGUACUAGGAAAAAGGAUUGUCGCAAAGCAGAAGGAGAGAACGCCUGGUUGUGGAGUCCAAAACAAACAUGUGUAACUAUUCAGUCCUUUGUGCCCCCCAACAUCAGCUGCAAGAAAACAGAGCGUACACAGGUGAUGAUUGACAUCCCCUCCCUCCCCAGUAUCAGCAGUCCUGAUAGACUUCACUGUGAGUUUGAUGGCUACAAAAGUCACGCAACUAUGGAAGGCACAUGGGUCAUCUGUGCUCUCCCGACCUCUGAGAACAUACCACCCACACCUGAGACACAAGAUUUUGUGGCAGUGCCAGUGAAGAUCACGGUAAAUGAUGGAGUUGAAGUGGCAUCUAGUGAGUUUGAGUUCUACAACUGUGCAGCCGUGGUGAAAAGAUCGGAGAAUACACCAUGCAUUGCAUGUGUGACCAGUAAGUGGGGCUGCCAAUGGAAUAUUCAGGAUCACACAUGCAGUGAUAGAGAUGACACUGUCAAGGGUGAUCAUAUCAUUCAACACAUGCAGGAUGACAGGUGUCCUCAGUUUGAGAUCCCAGAACCCCUGCUUAUUCCUGUUGGAAUUAAAACCCCCAUCCAAUUUCAGGGCAAAAAUUUGGAUGAAUAUUGGGCCAGAACCUUUCAAAUUGGCACUGAGCUCAUGAAACAGGUGGGCGAGGUGACUGUUGAGGCUGAUGGGUCAAAGUACAGAUUUGAGGGAUUUGAGUUUGAAUAUGACAAGGAGCCAGAGGUGAAUGUGACGUUCUACAUAAAGGAUAAAAUCACGGACAGGAAGAUUGACAGCACCCUCAGAGUGGUGCUCUACAACUGUUCGGUUAGACGUGAGGACUGCAGUCUGUGUAAGAACGCUGAUCAGAAGUAUAACUGCGUUUGGUGCGACACCACAAAAUCCUGCAUCUACAGAGACCUGUGCAACCAGGAGCUGAAGCAGUGUCCUCCUCCAAAGAUCACUGACAUUGUUCCUCGGUAUGGGCCGAUGAAGGGACAGAUCUCUGUCACUAUAAAAGGCUCUAACUUGGGCAUCAAGCAGGAGGACAUUAAAAGAAUCACCAUAGCUGGAGUGCCAUGUACUCACCAGCCGGAGAGAUACUCCGUCAGUACCAGUGUUGUGUGUGAGAUUGGGCCUUUCCCCUCAGCACCUCCUGAAGACCUGCCCAAUGAGCGCAGCCUUGUCGGGCCAGUGGAAGUGGAGGUGGAAGGAGGGAGAACAGGACAGUCGCAGGUGUUAUUCACUUACAGGGAUCCUGUCCCAAAGGCUGUGUCCCCCUCUAAAGGCCCAGCUGCUGGAGGAACUGUCAUCACUAUCACGGGACAGGACCUAGACACGGCUAGUAUAGAUGAUAUCAGCAUCACAGUGGACAGAGAGCCAUGUAAAGUGUUGACAUUUGGACAGGAGAUCACCUGCAUGACAGGCCUAUAUAAAGGACAGAAGAUUCCUUCAGAUAAGUUGCCCGUUAUUGUAAAGUACGGCAAGGACACUUCCAUAGAAGUCAGCGGAUUCGAAUACUCAACCAAUCCCAAAGUUACAGAUUACACCCCACGGGCCAGCUUUGUUUGCGGAGGUCGUAAGAUCAUAGUGAUGGGAUCUGGAUUUGAUCAGGUGCAGAGAGCCACCAUGCGAGUGCUGCCCUCUUCUGACGAGUUCAGUCACAAGUCUAGCAAUGUGGAGUUCGUUCAAGAAUUUAGCAACAAGAGCGAAACCGUAUUGGAGUUCCUCUCUCCGGCUGUGAACAAGACAUACAUAAACCAGUCCUUAAGAACGAUCAUCCAGCUGGACAACUUGGUGGAGAACUUGACGGAGUUUGUUUACCAUCAAGACCCCUCGUUCGAUACGCUGACAGAUAAAGCCAUCACGGAAAACAGCAUCAUCAGCGUUCAUGGUAAAGGUUUUUCUAAAGCCAUGACUGCCAAAGAGGCCCAGGCGUUUGUGGGCGAUGUGUCAUGCGCGGUGACGAUCCUGGAGGACGAUAAGCUGUUCCUCGUGGCCCCCUCCAGCCCUCCGAAAUCCACCUCCAGACGCCACCGCAGAGACACCAGCUCAGAGGCUAUGGAGCUGACGAUCAUAUUCGGAAACGGAGAGUGGAAUGUCGGCUCUGUUCGCUUUGAGAGGAAAUACGAGGUUCCUCUUUACAUCAUCAUUCCUGCGGUCCUCAUUCCCAUGGUCCUCUUCAUUGCAGUGUCGAUCUAUUGCUACAGGAGGAAAAGCCAGCAGGCAGAACGAGAGUAUGAGAAGAUCAAAAAUGAUCUGGCGAAUUUAGAAGAGAGUGUCCGUGAUCGCUGUAAAAAAGAGUUCACAGAUCUUAUGAUAGAGAUGGAGGACCACACUAGUGAUCUGAAUGAAGCUCGAAUCCCAUUCCUGGACUACAAGAACUACACCAACCGCGUUUUCUUCCUGCCCUCCAAAGAUGGAGCCAACGAUGUCAUGAUCACCGGCAAGCUGGACAUCCCAGAAUCCCGCAGAGCCAUCGUAGACCAGGCGCUCAACCAGUUCUCCAAUCUCCUGAACAGCAAAACCUUCCUCAUAAAUUUCAUACGUACCCUGGAGGGCAGGCAGGAGUUCAAUGCCAGGAAUAAGGUUUACUUUGCUUCCUUGUUGAUGGUGGCACUACAUGGCAAGCUGGAGUACUACACAGACAUCAUGAGAACCCUUCUGCUGGAGUUGAUGGAGGAAUACGUCCACAGCAAGAACCCUAAACUCAUGCUCCGCAGGUCCGAGACGGUUGUGGAGAGGAUGUUGUGUAACUGGAUGUCCAUAUGUCUCUACCAGUUCCUAAAGGACUCAGCCGGUGAGCCGCUCUAUAAGCUCUUUAAGGCCAUUAAACACCAAGUGGAAAAAGGUCCAGUUGAUGCCAAGAUGAAGAAAGCCCAUAACACGCUGAACGACACUGGACUUCUAGGGGAUGAUGUGCAGUACACCGUUUUGACCCUGCAGGUGUUGGUUCACGGCGAAGGUCCCGAUGUGACCCCUGUCAAAGUCCUGAACUGUGACUCCAUCUCCCAAGUGAAGGAGAAGAUCAUCGAACAGGUGUACAGGAAUCUGCCCUACUCCCAGAGACCCACGGUGGACAGCGUCGCACUCGAGUGGCGUCCUGGCUCUACAGGGCAGAUCCUGUCCGAUCUGGAUUUGACAUCACAGAAGGAGGGAAGAUGGAAACGAAUCAACACACUGGCCCAUUACAAUGUGAGGAAUGGUGCCACCCUGGUCUUGUCCCGAGUUCUGCACACCCAGCAGUCUUUCUACCAGAACCAAGACAACCAUGAAGAAAGAAAUUAUUUGCUGGAGGAUGAUAAAGUAUUUCACCUGGUGAGACCGGCAGAUGAGUUGGAUGAAGUGAAAUCAAAGAGAGGGAGUAUGAAAGACAAGGCCACGACGAAAGCCAUCACUGAGAUUUACCUGACCAGACUCCUCUCUAUGAAGGGCACGCUGCAGCAGUUUGUGGAUGAUUUCUUCCGCAGUGUGUUGUGUUCUGGGACCGUGGUUCCUCCUGCAGUCAAGUAUUUCUUUGACUUCCUGGACGAACAAGCACAAAAACAUGACAACGUUGAUGAGGAGACCAUCCACAUAUGGAAGACCAACAGUCUGCCUCUCCGGUUCUGGGUGAACAUUUUGAAAAACCCUCACUUCAUCGUUGACGUUCAUGUGACUGAAGUGGUGGACGCCUCUCUGUCCGUCAUCGCCCAGACCUUCAUGGACGCCUGCACCAAGACUGAGCACAAACUUACCCGGGAGUCUCCUAGCAACAAGCUGCUUUAUGCAAAGGAAAUCUCCACUUACAAGAAGAUGGUUGAUGAUUAUUAUAAAGGCAUCCGUCAGAUGGUUCCAGUCAGUGACCAAGACAUGAACACACACCUUGCAGAAGUUUCACGUUCUCAUACAGAUAAGUUGAAUACCCAGGUUGCAUUGCACCAGCUUUACCAGUACGCCAGCAAGUACUACGAUGGGAUCAUCUCGUCGCUGGAGGACGAUCCUGCCGCCCAGAGCAAACAGCUGACCCUCAGACUGCAGCAGAUUGCCGCCGCAUUAGAGAAUAAAGUGACCGACCUUUAGUGCCGAGAAGCCCAGACUCAAGAAAGGAGACGGAAGUGCUACUAAAUCCAAGACAGAGCUCAAUUUAAUGGGCUCAGAAAUAAGAACAGACCUUCUGGAGGACUCUGGUUUUUCAAGCCUCCGCUCUGGCGAGUGAAAGAUAAAGCGAGGAGGAACACAGACUAAUUGCAGACCCUUCCUCUCCACACGGCUUUCAGCUUUGCUCAGAGGGACCACUAUAAUAUACUCUGACCUGAGGGGAACAUCACAACCGUCGAGGAGAGCGAAAACUCACUAUGGUACUUCUCAGAUCAGCACCUGCACAAUGAAAACCCAACAUUUAUUUUUGUGUUCUGCUAUGCCAAUAAUCAGAUGUUCAGUAUAUUCUUCCUGUGUAGAUGAAUUAAAAUAGUAUUAUAUGUAAAUAUAUUUUUACACUCAAGGCUGCAAGAGGCUUUAGACAAAAGAGAUAGAUUAUUGUUUCUGUGGAAGCCCGCUGUUUUGUUUUCCGGUGCAUUUUAAGUGCCACUCCCAUUCCUGUGCAGUGAUGAUGUCACAUCCUGUGGGUGCUUUGAUGCCGUUGGCUCACGGUUCAGUUUGUGGUACCACUAUCAGUUUGUAUAGGUGUUUGUGAUGCUGAUGUCCGAGCCGGUGAUUCUUUUGUCCCUCCCAAAUAUUUUUGGCGUAUUUAUCGGUGAUUGCGUACAGUAAUGUCAUCAAGUCCGAUUCUAAUUCAGUCAUAGUGCAAAGAAACGUCUGAUUUUUGAUCCAUGACACACAGACACUCAGAACAAAAGCCACAGAAGCUUUUAUCUCCCCUUGCUUUGGUGUCUGAUCCAGCAGUUGCGUUUUUAUGUUUUGUACCAUGUUUGCUUUUAUAUAUGUGCACUUUGACACAUGGCUUGCCUUAUUUUAUGACACAGUUAUGAUUCUGUAUUUUAAAUCAACAAUAUUUGAUUUGAUCAAGGAAGUUUGCAUUGCUGGUUGCCUUUCUUAAGAAAUGCGUAACACAUGUAAUGGUAGAGAAUUUUCUCGAAUGUGGUAAUGAAAUACGAACGCGACAUUGCCUUAACAGCAAGAGUUUGGACUGAGAGCGACUCAUUUGCCAAUUAAAUCAUGAUAUCCUAGAAUUGAAAUUUUGUUUAUUGGUACUAUUUUAUUUUGAAAACAACAAUUCUUUUUUUUUUAAUUGUUAUAUUUUUUUAUUUAGAGCUUACCAAAGUUUAAAUAAAUGUUUUGCAGCUGUCCGCAACCACCUAAAGCUUCUGUUGUUUUAUAUGUAUCAAAUUAUCAAGUUUAAAGUGUAAUUUAAUUAAUAGAAAAGAUAUAAUGGUAAGGCAGCUAAUGGUAAGUCGUCUAAUAGAAUCUGUAAAUGGUACGGUUUUCCUACCUGUAUGUUCUGACUCAAAUGUGCCAAACUCUUCACACUCUUAAUGACAAAAGGGUAAUGAGGACAAUAUUGUUUCUUCAUGAACUUUACUAGUGUGACUUGUGUUGCCUUUGGUAGGCGGUGACAAAGUCGCACUGCAGCCAAUCAGAGGCUGGCACCGCCCAUUCUGAGCAUGAUGGACACAGCAGGAAAUGCCUUUGAACUGUAAAUAUAGACCAACUGCCAAGAUUUCAUAUUCUUCUCUCCUUUUUCUCGCUCUUCCUGCCAGUUCUUCUGUGUUGUCUAGCUAUGACCGUGUCAAUGGCUUAUUGUAAAGCUUCUUGUUUGCCUUUCCUUACCAGGCAGUGCCUUACAAAUACAAGUAAUAAUGAUCAAUUGUGUGGUGAUUGUGUCUGCAUUAAAAUUGCAAUAGGGUCCUUAA